CUAGUUCCCAUGGUGACGUCAUGCUGGACGGGCUGGGGCUGGGAAAAGAAGCGACGCUGGAAAAACAUGUAACGGUGCGAGGUGUGCUGCUCCCCCUUCCCACCCACGGCAUCCCUUACUGAGACCCAGUCCACCAGGAGAGACCAACUCCUUGUUAUCACAUUGGGACUUUAUGGGGUGGUGGGGAAGGCCUAGUCCCCCACCUUGAUCAGGCCGAAGCUCCACGGGUCCCUGCUACCUACGGACAAAACUAGGAGCCAUGAGCACAUCAGGCAAGGUCAGCGGGCUCAAACCCCCAACCAAGAUCGCCCGUCCUUCUGGGGUGGCGCCGGGAAAGACGUCUCCGUGCUCUGGCACUCAGAAGCUGGUCCCUCCAGAGAAACCGCCCACCGCUGUGACCUCCCCGACCCAGGAGGAGUUCAAGAUCGGUGAGCGGGUCUGGGUCAACGGCAACAAGCCCGGUUAUGUGCAGUUCGUCGGGGGGACGCAGUUUGCCCCCGGGCAGUGGGCGGGGAUCGUUCUCGACGAGGCUAUCGGUAAGAAUGACGGCUCCGUGGCGGGAGUCCGCUACUUCACGUGUGAGGAUGGGAGAGGGAUUUUCACACGGCCAUCAAAGCUCUCCAAGACUCUUCUGCCGGAGAAGGAGGCGAACGGAGGCCAGGCCAGUCCAGCACCUGCACCUGCACCUGCUGCACCUGCAACCGCUGCACCUGCAACAAAUGAGUCUGCACCUGCAACCGCUGCACCUGCAACAAAUGAGUCUGCACCUGCAACAAAUGAGUCUGCACCUGCGACGAAUGAGUCUGCACCUGCUGGGACUCCCUCAGCUGUUCCAGCUCCGGGCAGCGGCAUCAAGACGGCACUUCAGCGAAUUCACGCUGUAUCCACAGAGUCCACAUCGAACCUCUCUGAUACCGACACCACGAAGAAGGGCAAGAGGGAGCUGAGGCUGGGAGACCGCGUGCUGGUCGGUGGUACAAAAGCAGGAGUGGUGCGGUUCCUGGGAGAGACAGACUUUGCAAAGGGCGAUUGGUGUGGAGUGGAACUGGAUGAACCGCUGGGCAAGAAUGACGGAGCUGUCGCAGGAACCAGAUACUUCCAGUGUCUGCCCAGGUACGGCCUGUUCGCUCCGGUCCACAAGGUGACACGUAUCGGCUUCCCCUGCACCACGGCCACCAAGGCCAAGAGCUCCAGAAGGAUGUCCGCCCUGAAGAGGAGCCCGAGUGCAUCCUCCAUGAGCUCCCUCAGCUCCGCCACCUCCUCCAUCAGCGGCAAACCGAGCCGAGCUGGACUGCUGACGGAGACAUCUGCUCGUUACGCCCGGAAGAUCUCGGGCACCACGGCGCUGCAGGAGGCUCUGAAGGAGAAGCAGCAGCACAUCGAGCAGCUGCUGGUGGAGAGAGACCUGGAGAGAUACGAGGUGGCGAAGGCGACGAGUCAAGCAGGGGAGGUGCAGCAGGAGCUGGUGCUGAUAAGGAAAGGACGAGAUCAGUACGCAGUGGAGAUGGAGACGAAGAUGGAUCAGCUGCGUUCACUGGUGGAGGCUGCAGACCGGGACAAAGUGGAGCUUCUGAACCAGCUGGAGGAGGAGAAGAGGAAAGUGGAGGAUCUGCAGUUCCGUGUUGAAGAAGCGUGCAUCACCAAAGGAGACCUGGAGACGCAGACCAGGCUGGAGCAUGCCCACAUAAAGGAGCUCGAGCAGAGCCUGCUCUUUGAAAAGACCAAAGCUGAAAAACUCCAGAGGGAUUUAGAGGACACUAGGGUUGCUACGGUAUCAGAGCGCUCCAGGAUCAUGGAGCUGGAGCGGGAGGUGGCAGACCUCCAGCUCAGGCUGCGGGCGUCCCAGCAGAAGGAGGACGCUGCGUCUCUGUCCCAGCAGCAGAUCAGCAGCCUGAAGGCCCAGGCGCAGACUCAAGAGAAGAAGAUCAGUGAGCUGAGUGUGGAUGUGGAGAGCAAACAGAAGGAGCUUCAUUCUCUGGAGCAGGAUAAGAGCGAGCUGGAACGGCAGCUGACCGACCUGAGACAAAAGCUCGAGACAGCCGAGGAGGAGAGCCGGAGGACAGCGAAGACCAUGCAAGAGCUGGAGCAGAGCGCGGAGCAGUCCAAGAAGGACUACAAAACUCUGACGGAGGAGAGUCAGAGCAGAGAGACGGAGCUGAAACAGACCGCUGAGAAGUCGGAGAAGACGUCGAUGUCGCUCGAUCAGCUGACCAAUGAGAAGAAGACGCUGGAGACACAGCUCGAGGCGUUGAAACAGCAGAACUCCAAAUACCAGGAGGAGCUGAGUCUGUCCAAAGAGCGGAGCAGCUCGGAGAACCAGCGGAUCGGAGUCCUCUGCAAGGAAAUUGAGGAGCUGAAGCUGGCCUCCCAGAAGUCUCAGCAUCUCGAGGAGAACAAUGAGGAGAGGAACAGUCAACAGGCAGACAUGAAGACCAGAGACAACAUCUCAAACCAGGGGACAGAGGACAUCAACUUCCAGAACUCCACUGGAUCCUUACCCUCAGACAAAGACCGCGAGCUGGAGACUCUGAGGAACGAGAUCGCGGUGCUACGAGGAGAAAACGCCAUGGCAAAGACGCUGCAGACGGCCGUGGAGACGCUGGAGAAGGACAAAGCUCAUCUGCAGGGACGAGUUCACAGCCUGGAGCAGAGGCUCAUGGGAACGCAGGGGUCAGAGGGAGACAGGGAAGCUCCGCCCACAGCUUUGGAGCAGCUGAGGGAGGAGAAGGAGUUUGCAGAGGGACAGAUUAACUUCCUGAACAACGUGAUCGUGGACCUGCAGCGGAAGAACGAGGAGCUGAAGAUCAAACUGAAGAAGCUCGCUCUGGCGGAGUUCAACGGCAAUGAAGGCACCGAUGGAUUCAUCGAGGGGACGUCAAAGCGGGAAAAGAAGGUUCCGCCGCGUCUCUUCUGCGACAUCUGCGACUGCUUCGACCUCCACGACACGGAGGACUGUCCCACUCAGGCCCAGAGCCCCGACUCCGUCCCCCACACCACCUAUCACGGGAAACCGUCCGACGAGAGGCCGUACUGCGACAUCUGCGAGGCCUUCGGACACGCCACCGAGUCAUGUAACGACGAUCAGACCUUCUAGUAGCUCCAAAAACUCUCUACCUUCCUCUUUCUUCUUCUCCCCCUUAAAACACAACUCACCUUCUACUCUCCCCACAUGCCUGACACCUUACAGAUUUUACCAUAUUGUAUUUUUAUACUGUAUUUAUGCAUAUCACUGGUAGCCACUGUCCUAAUCUGAACCCUGAACCCUGAAUCCUGAAUCCUGAAUCCUUUACUCUGCAGCUCUCUAAAGAUGUUCUGAAUGCUCGUCCAAAUCCGCUGCUUUGGUGCAAUAUUGAUGUUUCUAACGAACGGAUCCCGUCCGCUGCACUCGUUGUUUUUUACGUGUUGUUUUGAUUUGAGUUUGUUUCUAAAUUUAGUAUAAAUAUAUUUGUUAUUUAACUUAAAAAAAAAAGAAAGAGAGAUGCAACAGAUUGAAGCACAGAUGAAGCUGAAGGGAAAUGAAGCACCAGUGAGACUCUGCAUUCCUGUUUCCUGCAGCACAUUCCUCCGUCUGUACGGCGACACACCGACAUCAGAGCGACACUGCCGAGUUCAACACUUUACUUUAACUGUAUGUUUAAAAUCUUAAAGAGUCUGUCUCCUGUAUGAACCUCAGAGGGAGUGUUAGGGCCACUAUCAGGACAAAUAUCUAAACUUUUAGGGAGAAAAAUGUAAAAGCUUCUUUAAGACUUUAUUUAAGAAAUAUUACACUUUUACUCUGAAUAUUUUAAAAAUAUAAUGUACGCAUUUGUUGAAAAAAAUAUUUAAAUUAAACUAAGAACUCUAAUAACUUAUUACCACCUUAUUAAAAACAUAUUCUAGCUUUUUCUCAAAAUUAUUCCAUCUUUAUUUGUGAAAUAUUAAAAAGGAGGAUUAAAAUAUGACCUUAUUCAAAAAAUGUUUUUCAGAAAUUAAGACUUUAUUAUGACUUUAAAUAUUAUGACUAAGUCAACAAUAUAUAAAAGAAUUUUAACAACUUUAAUCAAAAAUAUACUCAAGGAAUAUUUUACUUUAUUUUAUUUAUACUUGUAUUUAUUUUUCGACUUUAUUAAACAGACAUCUUUAAUUUUAUUUCUCAAAAUUAUUCUCGAAAAGUUAUCCAAAAUAAUAAAAAAUAUUUUUACUUUUUCAACGAUUAUUUUAAGUUUUCUCUCAAGAUAAAACAACAUUUAAGAAAUAUGUUAAAUAUUACUUAAAAUAUUAUAAGUAUUUUAAAAAAUCACAUAUUUUUGUUUUGAUUUUUUUUCUUUUUUGAAUAAUUCUAACACUUUUUUCUUGAAUCUUGUCAUGGCAUAUAAUUUGAUUUUUUUUCUCAAAAUAUUUAACAUUUUAAUUCAAGAAAUAUUAAAAAUAUUUCACAUGUAUGAUCACAGUUUAACACUCUUUCUAACAGUACUUAUUUUUGAACUCUGUUAGUGGCCCUAACACUCGUUCAUAACUAACCCUAACACUGACCUUUGACCCCGUCAAUAAUACAGACUAACAUGGCGUUGGAACAAUGUGGCGUUCAGGGUCACCUGCUUGUUUUGAGCUUUAAACUGUCCUCAGUGUUAAAUCAAACAGAUAAGAGCUGCAAAAGAAGCUGGUAACACAACCUUGAAGUGAAGGGACUCUAUUUUACUGUGUGAGGUCAGUUUCUUCUGUUUACACUCUUUUUUUUACAGACCUUGUUAUUGAUAACAAAAAGUCUCACCACACGGUCAGUCUGAGAUCAGCUCUGGAGCUUUAACUCUAACCACACCAUCCAUAUCAGAGAGUUUGAAUCCUAAGAGUUCAGCUUUCAGCACUUUAAGGACUUCUCAUCUUAAGUGUGGUUAAAGUUUUCUGCAUUAAUCAAAGCUCCAAACAGACUCUCCUGUACGCUUCUUUCAUCAGCCGUCGUUUCCAAUGACAUCACUUCCUGCGGCGCUCUCCUCUGCAGAUCAUCGUACAGGUUUACAUCUUCAUAUAACGCCGCCGACAGUCCCAGAGGAUGUGUUGUAGUCACAAACCAAGUCGUUCUGUUUCGUUAUUUAUGGUCUAAUCUUUCACUAACCAGUAAUGUUCAUACAGGAAAAUAAGCUAGCACUGAUCCCAGGAGUCCGGUCUGUACGAGGACUACUGUAGUAUAGGUGGGUCUUUAAAAUGCAUCUGCCUCAGAGAAGCCUCCACUAACUUAGUUUUGCACUGUCCACUUUAAAGAUUCAGCAGAAAUGUACGCCGCUUUCACUUUAUGAUUCAAAGGAGGAAUAAUUCUAUGGACUAAAGGUUGGUUCACUUUAUUCUGUGUACUGUUCCAGUUCAUGCAGCGCUCUGUAAAGCACACACUCAACAUGUUUGGAAACACGCUCUUUUGUUUUGGAGAAAAGGAUAAAACAAAGAAUUAAUGCAACUCUUGUGUCUGUAUGCUGAAUAGGAAUCCACAGGAAGUUGGCUUAGCUUAGCAUAAAGUCAGCUCACCUAGCUGGUUGUCUCAGUUCAUGUGGAACAAAUAUUAUAUGUGUUUGUUUAGUCUAAAUACAUUUGAAACCUGUAAUUAGGGGGGAUUUAAAGCUAGCAUGAUGCACAAUUCUCAGCAUCAUGCUAGCUGGUUUCAGUUAAGCUAAGCUAACCAUCUAUGCACUGUUUUAAAGGGGGGACUUUCCCAGUUAUACACAUCAAAAUCAGUUUGAAAGUCAAAAUAUGAUCUUGCAGAACAUCGAAUUGAUAUUUUUCAGGUUUUGAUGUACAUUAAAAUUAAACAAAUGAAUUUAUGCUAAUGUUGCUAAUCAGCAACUAGCUAGCUUACUCCAUUAUAAGCGUAACCAGCUGUCUACUGGCUUUAACUAUAUUCUGUCUUUAAAGAGUUACCUUUAAAAAAUGUUCAAAUGAAAGGUAAUUAAAAAUCGAAGCUAUCUGCUAAAUAGCCUCAAAUGUUAGCAUAGCUUAGCACAAAGUCUUAUAAUACAGAAAUAGCUAACCUGGCCUCGUUGAAGUGUAACUUUGUAGAACACCAAUUUUCGUUUUCAGGCUUUGAUUUCAGGAAAGAUUCAACCAAAACACAAAGUUAUAUUUAAAGUUUUUUGAAAAUGGAGUUAGCUUUUGUCAGCAUAGGGCUACGUUUAAGUUUAGCUAGCAGUCUAUGGACUCGAGCCUAUUUGGUUUUGAAGGUGAACUUAUUUUACAAACCACAUGUUUUUGAUAGUUAAAGAAAAUGUGAAAGGCAUGCAUGUGGACGAGGAAAUUAGCAUUUUUUAAAAAGUUUUCAUGUAAAAUAAUAUAAAAUGGCGAAUAUUUACAAAUAUAGCUUUCGCUAGCAACAGGUUAGCUGUUUCUACUGGAGGCUUAGAUAACUUGUCGAUUGGCUUUAGCUGUAAAACAAUUUUAAAGAGGAAACUAGACACAUCACAUUAUUUACUUUUUGAAAUUAGCAGAAAAGUUGGAAAAAUUGGACAAAUUGAUUCAAGUGAUGUCACUGGAGUCAGCCUUAUUUUGGACCAAAAACUGCAAGUUAAAAAAAAUAUUUUGAAUUCCCAUUUCAGAAUAAGCUGAAUUUAAAAAGACAAAUUUUGAGUCCCAAAUCUCUAGUCCCUACAUGGCUAACUGCUCCUCACAGUUUUAAUGCUAAGAUAUGCUAAUAGCCUGCUAGCUUAGCCUCACAUUUAGCAUACAGAUAUGACCCUGUGAAUUCUCAAAACAAACGAGUGCGUCUCCGAACAUGUUGAAUUAUUUAAAUGAACCCUACACUGCAACACGUAUCGGACUAAUGAAGCACAAUAUUGAAUCAUAUUGAAUCUUCUAGUGUAACAGUGUAAUAAUACAUGAUGUAACUAACCGCUGACACUUUGUAAAUACUAAUCAGAGGCUUCUUUCUGAUCAACGUGUACACAGUGCCAUGGAAACUAAAUAGAGCUUUGAUGUGUACUACAUUUUAUUUUUCUGCCCUGUGGAUCAGAUUCACGUUGUAGAAGAAAGUUUCCAGGGACAAAAAGCUGAUUUGUAUAGACUUAUUGUGUAACUUUAUACGUGAUGCGUCCAAUUAUUAGUGUACUGUUUUAUAUGGCACCAUCUAGACGUGGUUUUGAAAUGUUGAAACCAGUUUUACAGAUGUUGACGUGGUGUAAAAGUCACUGUUUUCUAUGUACUGUAUACUCCUGAACAGUCCAAUAGAAAUGCUACGAAAGGAAA